AACUGCAUGACACAUGGACAAAAACUCAAAUGAAUUAAAGACAGCAGCAACAUGGAUCAGACUGCCACUAGUGUAUGGCAUUCGGUUCUUUGCGUAUACUAACAAACUGAAGAAUGCUCAGAAAGAAAUAAUGGACCUGGAAAGAAAAAAACUUGCUAGAAACAAUUGGAAGUGUUGGGUAUGAUCAGCCCAUGACUGUUACAAGACACAACAGCAGUUAUAUGAAGGAUGAUAACGUAAAACUCAGGGCAUUAUUGUUCGAAGUCAUUCCAGAAGACAAGAUAAGCAAUGGAGUUAAAUUACAAGGCGAUAAAUUUUGGACAGUAAGGGAAAAAAACCCUGAUAAAAAUAAACAAUGGAAAAGACUAUUUGGGGAAGUGGUCAAUCUUCAAGAAAAAUACUUAAACAGCAGCUGGGUUGCCAUCUGUCAGGAUGCUGCAGUAAUAGAUCCAUGCUCCAGGCAGGCGAUUGGAUAAGGAGAUCUUCACAGUCCCCUUCAAAUUCUAUGUUCUAUUAUUCAGAGUAAAAGUACUAAAGAAUGUAUUAGAUACAUAUACUGAAUAUAUGAACAAAAUGAAGCAUGCUAAUAUCACUUACCUAUUCAAUUCUGCACUGGAAAAAAUUCCAGUACCUUUCCUGAAAAAUGAAUUUCUCCAAUUUACAUAAUUAACAAAGUGUAUGUAAAUUAAUUUGAAAUUUUGCCCCUGUUGGAAAGGGGCAAAAAAUACAUGGGGACAGCACAUUUAUGCCCAAAUAGUAUAAAAGCAAAUACUAUUAUAAUUAGAGGCAAAAAUGAGAUUAAAUUUUGAAUACUCUUACAAUUUCUCAGAAAGGUUUAACUCCAGCCAAAACCUGGUUAUUUAAAUUAAUGAGAUCAGUUUUUGCAACUAGAGUAUUGCACCUCAUUAUUAGAAAGCAGCUUUCACUGCAAAAAUGAACUACUGUACUAUUUACUGCCCAGCUAACUGGAGGGAAUCCAACACAUCUGAGUAAACAAUUAUUGAGAUAGAUAAGCUUUGAACUAAGGAACAGGACACUCCUAAUGCAUUUCAGCUAGAAAUAUUUCCUCCCACUUCCUUUUCUUCAAAAGCCUAACUUGCUGAUAGGAUUUGUUUUUAUUUAACAAUUAGGAGCCAGAAAUCACCUAUCAACAAAUACUAAUCUGUUCUGCCAAUCCUUGGUUUAUAAAAGAUAGUUUACAUUUAGUAUAGCAAGAGCUCCCCACAAAACCAGGAUAAAACAGAUACAAUAAAUCACACAAUAGGCAAUUCAAAUACUGAUUUAUUUUUACAUCUUUAAGUUACAUUAUAAUACCUGAUAGGUAAAAAAUUGAAAAACUGUUAUCCAGGAAGGUUUUUUAUGACUUAGUACAAAAGAGCAGUAUGUAACUCACUGUUUAGCAAAGUUUAAAUCACUGUUCAGAUUUAAAUGUUAAUGCUAAUUUAAAUUUUAAUGCAAACUUAAAAGUGUAAUGCUAUGUACAAAUGUUAAUCCUACUAAUUAAAAUGCAGUCCUCUACUAGUAAUAUAGCAGAUUUACAUCAAGAGUUCAUAAUCAUUAGUUUAUGCUUAAAUGCUCACAAGCAGGGAACAAAGCUAAGAGUUUUCAUCAGAUCACUGGUUUUACACAGCACACUAAGCUGAGCCAGUUUAUAGCUUGGAGGACUAUACGAACCCAGGCAAUUCAGUGAACCAGCAAUACAAAUGAUACAUCAAUGCCGGAAGUAUAUAGGUAGUCCUCAUUUAAUGACCAUAACUGGCACCAACAACUCAGUCUUUAAGUAAAGUGAAACUGCAAGUGUGAUUAUGAUCUUACUUCAGCUUUCUUUUGCUUUAUAGACCACAAAGCUACUUUUUCAUCACUGUCAUAAUUGCAAACAGGAAGUUACUAAACAAGAACUACUGUGAUGAUCAUCAUCAUGUUAUUCAUGUCUGACUGCUGUAUUACUUUUCAAUACAAAAGUUUUCCCCCCACUAAAUAAAAUCUACCACUAUUAACUUUUCAAAAGCUUUCAGGUUGUCCUUUUUAAUAAACUGGGUUGCUUCUUAUAUUAACAUGAAAAUGUUACAGUAGAACCUCUGGUCACGAACGCUUCUGACCACAACUAAAUCUGACCAAAAAAUUCACAAAAUUUUUGAAUCUGGUCAUAAACACAAACUCCAGUGGUGAUCAAACACGACCCCUGAACCAGAAAUUCCUGAAGACGAAACAUUAGAAGAUGAAGAAAUUGCCAAAGUUAUGGAACAAAUUAUGGCCGUGACCAGAGGUUCUACUAUAUUUGGGAUCCAAUUAUCAAUCACUGAACUUCCAUGAUGGGUUCUAUGGGAGCCACUAAACUGAAAUUCAAUCCUUGGAAUGCUUUGUAGAUUUCUUUGCAAAUAAAGUGUCUAGAUGGCUUGCACUCUUCAAAGCAUCAAAAUGUGAUUCUAAAACCCAGUUUAUUAGCAGAGGUCUUAAUAAAGUAAGCUGUACAUUUAAUAACUGCACCAUAUCCCUUCCUAGACCAAGACCAUUAAACUGGAUUCAUGCACACUAAAAGCAAUGUAUGAUUAAUUAUUGUAAUAUAAGUUUUUAUUGUCGUGGAGAAAUUACCUCUGGUGCCAUUCUUUUGCUCUGAUAUGUUUUAUUUAUAUUGUUUUAAACUGAAAGAUCCACGCUGAAAUGGAAAAUGAAGGGCUAGGAAAAAGCUGUUAAUGUUAAAACUAUAACUAAAAAUUAAGCUUAAACACAAAUUUGUAACUAACAAAUUUUACUGGUAUAUUUAAUUAUACAAAAUACUACAAAUUCAAUGCAUAAGUCAGAAGUGAACUAUUUAAAUUUUCAUAGACCCUCUGUAUUUGUAAUGAAAUCAGUAGUACUGAUCCAGGGAAAAUCAUAUGGAUUUGUAAAUCUGAGACUAAAUUUCAAUAAUUUAUUCCUUUCCCCCCUUUUAAUGCUUUACUUAUAAUUAAUAAAAGACAACUACCUGAAACAAAAAUUGAACAUACAUAACAUUAGAUAUUAAAGCAUACAACUAUUUCAAGAGAACCUUUUCCCAACUUUAAAAUUACAGGUUCCCAUCAGGAAAUCCAGAUCAGACAGACAGACAGACCAAUACUGUUUGUGUUAAUGUUUAUUAAGAAGUUAAGUCUUUACUCCUACACAUGCUAACCUCACUGUAACUUACUAAACUCAAAGGACUAAUUUCUGAGCAAUGUGUGUAGAAUCACAUGCAAUUUUUUCUUCAAUAUAAAUACAAAGGAGAAGACCUGAUUACAUAUCUGUAAAACAAAUAGAACAAAAAAUGAAGUAUAACCUCCACAGCCUAGUAAAAAAAUGAAAUAGCUGCUUAAGCAAUAAGAGAAAGCAACUGACAGAAAUCAAAGCAAGUUCAGAGAUUUAGAAAUGCUUAGAACAAAUUCCCCACUUUUCUGGGAAACGACAUCAAGCUACCACAAUCCUAUUCAUAUUGAACCUUACUAAAUGAGUCUCUCUUGUGAGAAAACCUACUGCAUACAUUAUUGUUAACUUCAGAGCUCAUUUACUUUGGUACAGAUCACGCAAUUAAUACAUCACAUAACCAUUAAUCUCACUAUCACUUUGCUUAAAGUUCAGGGUUUUUUAUAAGAAAUUAAAUUCCAGCAGUUUGAUAUAUUUCAUAUUUCCUACUAUGAAACACCAUACAAUACUUUAUUUCAAGCUACAGAAUUACUGCUAUCCAUCAAAGAAAUAAGUUCACCAGCUAAAAGCAUGCAAUUCUGCCCUCUAAACCUAUUAAUGGAAUCUUCUUUGCACUGAGAUAAAUGUAUUGAGCUUCCUAAAAAAUCAACACAUUUCUCAUCAUAAGUCACGGGAUACACUUCAAAUAAGUUUACUAAGUUCAAAUCCAUGUUACUUGACCUCUGCACCGAGAAGUGGGAUUUAGUAUUAACUACUUAAAUGCAUACUUUAGAAAUACUCAGAUGCCAAUCGUUUUUUUUCAAGUUGUCAUCUCAGUGUCAUAAAGAGUCCAAUCAAGCCAAGGGCUACGCGCAGACGAUUAAAAUUAUCCCUCUUUUCUAACCCAAGUGCACCUUACUUCAGUUCUGGCUACCACUUCUCUCCCACCUGUAUCAGAGCAACGGAAGCCCAUUGACAAGAAGGGGAAGAACGGGGGCUAAGCUUUCAAGAACCAAAGCGCGCAGAAAUGGGACCCCUUCCCGUCGCCCCCUCCCGCAAGGAUUACUACGGCCGCAAAAAGCUCGGCGGCCGUGACGGCUCAGCCCAGCCGGUGAGGCCUGCGUCCCGCUCCCUGCAAGCGGCGCGCGCCAAUAGGCGAAGCCAAGCCAGCCAAGCAGGCGGCGAAGGAGGAAAGCGGGGGAGGGGAGGCUCCUGCUGCUGUUGCCGCCACAGCGCUCGUCGCCGCCUCCCCCCCCUCCCCCCGUCUCUCCCCGGCGGGGGCUCCUCGCUACAGCCUCUCUGCUCCGCUCUCGGUCAUGUGACCCUAACGUAACCGGACAGGAAAAGCCGCCGCCGCCGCCGCGCUGACUCCGUUGUUGGCGCUGCUGCUGCUGCUGCUCCUCCUGGGCUGGCGGAGACCGCGGCCCCCCCCCCCCCCCCCACAGCGCGCGCCAGAUUUUAAAAGAUGGAUUUGGCCAACCAUGGACUUAUUCUUCUACAGCAGCUUAAUGCUCAGAGGGAGUUUGGUUUCCUGUGUGACUGCACAGUUGCCAUUGGUGAUGUGUACUUUAAGGCACACAAAUCCGUCCUUGCCUCUUUUUCCAACUACUUCAAGAUGUUGUUUGUUCAUCAAAGCAGUGAAUGUGUCCGUUUGAAGGCAGCUGACAUACAGCCAGAUAUUUUCAGUUACCUCUUGCAUUUGAUGUACACUGGAAAGAUGGCACCUCAGCUCAUAGAUCCUGUUCGACUCGAGCAAGGGAUAAAAUUCUUGCAUGCAUACCCACUGAUCCAGGAGGCCAGUCUUGCCAGCCAGGGAAACUUUGCACACCCAGAGCAAGUUUUCCCAUUGGCCUCAUCAUUAUACGGUAUUCAAAUUGCGGAUCACCAAGCAAGAAAUCCCACAAAGGCCGUGACAGCACCUGACAAGCCUUUGCGAGAAGCACGGCCCCAGCUGUCAAGAGUGAACCAAGAACAGGUCCAUGAACCCUCCCAAAUAUCGCAAUUAUCCCAGAUACCACCUCCAAGUUUGCCUCAAGUGCCCCCAACAAAUAUUGCUCCCCCUGACCCACUGCAGUCUUCAUUGUCUCCCGAGUUAGUAUCAGCUCCUUCUCAUCCUUCUCCUGGAGAUGAAACCAACAUGGAAGCAUCUUCCUCAGAUGAUCAACCUGCCUCUCUCACAAUAGCGCAUGUCAAGCCAAGCAUUAUGAAAAAAAACGGAAGCUUUCCCAAAUAUUAUGCCUGCCACCUUUGUGGUCGACGUUUCAAUUUGCGAAGUAGCUUGCGUGAGCAUCUCCAGAUUCACACAGGUGUGCCCUUUGCGUCCAACCAGCAUGGGGAAAGUAGCAUUCCCUUGUCCCUGUGUAAUAACGCUCCUGAUAAAGAUGCUAUGGAAGCGACUGAAGCCGGAAUGAUCAGUGAUAGUGAGCUGCAGCAGAUCUCAGAUUCACCCAUAAUUGAUGGGCAACAGCAAGCAGAAACCCCUCCGCCCUCAGAUAUUGCUGAUAUUGACAAUUUGGAGCAAGCAGAUCAAGAAAGAGAAGUGAAAAGGCGGAAGUAUGAAUGCUCCAUUUGUGGACGUAAGUUCAUUCAGAAAAGCCACUGGAGAGAGCACAUGUACAUACAUACCGGCAAGCCUUUCAAGUGCAGUACUUGUGACAAAAGUUUCUGCCGGGCCAAUCAAGCUGCUAGGCAUGUAUGUCUCAACCAAAGCAUGGACACCUACACUGUGGUGGACAAGCAGACUCUAGAGCUCUGUACAUUUGAGGAAGGCAACCAGAUGGACAACAUGUUAGUACAGGCCAACAAACCCUAUAAGUGCAACUUGUGUGACAAGACAUUCUCCACGCCUAAUGAAGUUGUCAAACAUUCUUGCCAAAGUCAGAACUCAGUCUUUACUUUAGAAGAGGAAAGAUCCAUUCUGCUAAGUGGAGAUGCUGAAACUACAGAGAGUGAUCAUUCAGUUUUAGACUCUAUCAAAAAAGAACAGGAAGCAGUAUUGUUAGACUGAUCGUGAAACUUGGGUUUUGUUUUGUUUUUUUGUAACAAAAGGUUAUGUUUGUUUAUUCAUAUUUUUUAUUAAACUUAUCUUCCUCCUCCCCCCCCCCCCAAUAACUUCAUUUGACAUGAAAGGAAGUCUUUUCCCAGUAAAAGCCUAACAUUAAUAAAGGGUAUUAUAUCAAAUUAUAACUAUUGAUUUUAAUGAUAAGAAAGAAUAUAUGUUCCUUAUCUUGGAAACUAUGCUACAAUGAUAAAUGGCUCAAUGACAGGACUGUAAACAUUUGAAAGAUUGUUUAAUUAUAUGCUUGAAUGCACUGAGAAAGUGAGAAGAAAACUAUGUUGGUCAAGUUUCAAUUGUUUAUUCUCAAACCUGAUUGUUAGAGGAAGAUUAGUUAAGGAAAUUGAAUUCCUAAGUGAAAUGCCUAUAGUUAUGCCUAUUAGUCAUUUUACAAAUGCUCAAAAAAUCCUUUAAUAGAAGCAAUUCAUUUUUUUACCCAACACGAUUUUUGACAGAUGUUUACGUCCAACUCAGUCCGCUGAUAUUAUGUCCAUUCACAAAUAAGAAUAUGAUCCUAAGCACAGGUGAGUUGGGGGUAGAUCCUAUCCAUGGUGCUCAAACUUUUAAGCAAAAUGUGUUUAGGAUCAUAUUUCAUUAAAAGAGCAGUAAUAAUGUGAUGGCAAUCAUUUUAUAUGCAUAAUGUGUGUGCCUGUGUGCGUGCACAAGUGUAUAUAUUUCAGGCAUGUAUGUACUGCAUGCACCCUUUUCAAAUUGAUUACUUUUUUGAAUAACUGAACUGUUUUUAAUAUCAGUAAAAAUACGCUUUAGAAGCGUAUUUAAAUUACACUGACCAUAUGACUAUUUAUAUCUCAUUGAAUUGAAACGAAUAAUGUUGAAAUUUAUUGCUCAAAACCUGAAGGAAGUGAAUUAGAAGAUCUCUACAAAGUAGUCCUUGUACCCAACUCCCUAUGGGAGUAACCGUUUUCAGCCUGUUUUUGAGAUACAGAAAAGAAGAAAAACAAUCAAAGCAAUUGUCUGAAUUUACCUGAUCAGAUCAAAAUUAAGAGAAAGGGAAGCUGACCUUACUUUUUAAUUACUAGCAUCAUUUUAUAACAGAACAAAAUAGAAGAAUGACCAAAUUUAUCAUGGUUGGUUUUCAGGUUAAAGUGGAACUUCUAGUGGCAUCCUCUCUUCUUUGUAUGACAUUUUCUUAGGUUCCAGUCUGGCAAAAUAGGCAACAAAUAAAGGGUUGUACAGUCACUUUGCUACGGACAGUCUAUCCACCAUUAAAAAUCAGGUUGUUGAUUUUUAUUUUUAAUAUAUAAAUAUAUGGAUAUUCUCCAAUAGCCUAAAAAAAACCUAAAUUGACAAGAGUUUUCUAAAAUCCCACAAAUGCAGGCAAGUAUUUUGAUGGGGGAGAAAGGGGAGCAGAUAUUGCUCUGCUCUUGUAUACAUGUUUUGUUUAAGUAUCAUCUUUUUUGUGUCUAGAUAUGUUCUCCAGUUUGUAAGUUUUUAUACUUUAUUUCACAGAAUA